GUUUGGUUAAGUGUCAAACUGUGAAAUUGACAUUUGCUAAUUGUUGUAUAUGUACAGCUAAGCUAAUUUUUUCCAAAAUUUUCGUUUAUUUGAGAUUGAGAAGAUUGUGAGAAAUUAGAACAUUAAAGAGCUCGGAAUUUUUGUAUUCAGUGAUUAAAAAGUAAUUUCCAUCAUGACGACUGCAGCACGUCCAACUUUCGAUCCUGCCCGCGGAGGCUCAGGCAGGAAUGAAAAGGACCUCAGUGCUAUGUCCAGGCAGUAUUCUAGCAGGGAUCUGCCCAGCCACACAAAGCUAAAAUACAGAGAACAUGGUCAGGGUACAGUUGAUGAAACCCGCACUCGUGACUUCCGCAAAGAACUGGAAGAGCGAGAGAGGGAAAAGAGGCCAGCUAUCAGAUCAGGUGAACAUGGUAAAAGGUUGAAAUUAGACCAAGUUCCAGCAGCUAGUUUAGAUGCAGAUGAUCCUUUAGAUGAGGACGAAUCAGAUUCCAGUGAUGAUGAGGAUGAUACUGAGGCACUAAUUGCUGAACUAAAUAAAAUCAAGAAGGAACGAGCUAUGGAACAAGCAAAGAAGGAAAUAGAAAGGAGGCAGGAAGAAGAAAGGAUAAGAAUGGAAAAUAUUUUGAGUGGAAAUCCACUUUUGACACAUUAUUCAGCUGGAGGUGCCAAAACAGAUCAUAAAGUUAAGCGAAGGUGGGAUGACGAUGUUGUCUUCAAGAACUGCGCAAAAUCUGAACCUGAGAAGAAAAUGAAUGUAUUCAUUAAUGACUCAUUGAGAUCAGAGUUCCAUAAGAAAUUCAUGGAGAAAUAUGUAAAAUAGUGUAUAAUAUAAGAUUCUACUUUUAAAAUAGUCAUAUUUGACAUUUGUACACAUCUCUUUCAUUUGUAUAUUUUCUUAGUUAUGUGAAUAAAUUAAGUCUAUUCAU